AUGGCGGCGUCCGCGGCCGGGCAGUCGUUGCCCCGGGCUUGGCAGCUGUACCUGAAGGACCACCGCAUCUCCACGUUCAAGAACUGGCCCUUCCUGGAGGGCUGCGCCUGCACCCCGGAGCGGAUGGCUGAGGCUGGCUUCAUCCACUGCCCAACGGAGAACGAGCCCGACUUGGCGCAGUGUUUCUUUUGCUUCAAGGAGCUGGAGGGCUGGGAGCCGGACGACGACCCCAUUGAGGAACACAGGAAGCACUCAUCCAGCUGUGCGUUUCUCUCCAUCAAGAAGCGGCUUGAGGAACUAACCCUGAGUGAAUUUUUGAAACUGGACAAAGAGCGAGCCAAGAACAAGAUCGCCAAGGAGACCGGCAGCAAGCAGAAGGAGUUUGAGGAGAUGGCCAAGAAGGUGCGUGUGGCCAUCGAGCAGCUGGCCACCCUGCAGUGAGACCAGGUCGCGGGAGCCGGCUGCGGGAAGCACCGCCCGGCUCUCGGUGCUGCCUGCUGCACUGGCCCUGGACAGC